CUGCUGAAGACUUGGCUGAAAAGAAGAAUCGUCCUGAAGCUGCAACCAGUAGUUCUCCUGGCUACAACUACAACUGAUCCUUUUACUAUCAGAACCUGGAUGAAUGAGAAUCUUCAGAGGCGCCUCAUCGCAACUCGCACUGAACAUGGAUGCCAUGAAGGAAGAGGACAUCUAUGCCUUUUUACCAGAGCAUUUGUCUACAGACACCAAAUAUAGUGGCACUUGUAGAGGUACUACACCAAUCUGCAAAGAAGAACCAUGUUUAUCCCAUGAACUUGAAGGAGGGGAGAAGUCUCAUGUCACGAAAUGUUGUGGUGAUGAGAGAACUUCUACAACUCAGCCAUCAACUCCAUCACAACAGGCAAUACCUGUGAAGGUGAUUAAAGAAGAAGAACAAGAUAUUUAUGAUUUCCUCCCCGAGUAUUUGUACAGAACAAAGGAGGAAGAGAAUGAAACUGGCACAUCGUACAUGAAAGAAGAAGCCAUGGCCGUGAAAAGAGAAACAGAGUAUUCUCUAAUGGAAUGCAAUGGACACAUGGCCCUAAUAGAUGAACACCAGACAGCUUCUACUAGCACAGACCAUCAACAGUGUGCCACAUCUGAAAAGAGGUUCGAAGCAGAACAGCACCAGAGAACCCAUGCACCAGGAACCCCAUUCAAAUGUGCCACAUGUGGGAAAGGAUUUACACAUAAGGGUCAUCUCAACAGGCAUCAGAGAACCCAUACUGGAGAAAGGCCUUACCAGUGUGCUACAUGUGGAAAAGGCUUUACACAGAAAGGCAGCCUCAUUUCCCAUCAGAGGAUCCAUACUGGAAACAAACCAUAUCAAUGUUCAACAUGCGGAGCAGCCUUUUCACAACUCACCUCUUUGACUUAUCACCAGAAAACCCACACUGGAGAAAGGCCUUACCAGUGUACUACAUGUGGAAAAGGCUUUAAACAGAAAUGUGACCUUAUAACCCAUCAGAGAACCCAUACUGGAGAAAGGCCUUACCAGUGUUCUACAUGUGGAAAAGCCUUCAUUAACAACAGUAAUCUCAUUUCCCAUCAGAGGAUCCAUACUGGAGAAAGGCCUUACCAGUGUGCUACAUGUGGAAAAGCCUUCAUUAACAACAGUAAUCUCAUUUCCCAUCAGAGGAUCCAUACUGGAGAAAGGCCUUACCAGUGUGCUACAUGUGGGAAAGGCUUUACAACUAUAGGUAACCUCACCGCCCAUCAGAGAACCCAUACUGGAGAUAAACCAUACCAAUGUUGAACAUGCGGAGCAGCCUUUUCGCAACUCGCCUCUUUGGCUUAUCACCAGAAAACCCACAUUGGAGAAAGGCCUUACAUGUGGAAAAAGCUUUAAACAGAUUGGUGCCCUCAUCACCCAUCAGAGAAGCCAUACUGGAGAAAGGCCUUACCAGUGUGCUACAUGUGGAAAAGGCUUCACACAAAACCGUUGUCUCAUUUCCCAUCAGAGAAUCCAUACUGGAGAACGACCAUACCAGUGUGCUACAUGUGGAAAAGGAUUUGGACAGAAAUAUAAUCUCAACAGGCACCAGAGAAUCCAUGCUGGAGAAGGUCCUCAGUAGUGUGCUAUGUGUGGACCAGGCUUUGCACUGAAAGGUGUCCUCAUCUCCCAUCAGAACAUCCUUCAGAAAUGUAUUACUUGUGUUUUUGACUUUUUUAAAAUAAAGUUUCUUUUCAUGGCACAAUGAA